GGCAUUGAGCACUGCAAAGCAAAUAAUUAAACGGGUACUUGCUGUUUCCUUGCCAACCUGUCAGCGUCUGUCCACGUGGUGGCGCCAGACGCUGUAACUCUGUUUACAAAAUGGCGGCUGCAAUGGAUACUGGAAUUUCAACUGAGAGUGAUACUUCUGGAUUAAGACAACGAUACGUACCAGAGUCAAAUUCCGAGUGGGACAGUGAACUUCCGUAUGGAGGAAAGGUUUAUCUAGCAAGAAAGAAAAGGCCUGACCCGCUACAUGUGAGAGCUUUCGAGGGGUUUGCAUUAUGUGCCACAAUUGCGUUCGCAUUUUACGCUUACUUCUAUUUUGAUAAUCUCCACUUCCAUGUUACGCAUGCGUAUGCCCACCUUGGUUACGCUUCAGCCCAGCAUCAGGUUGGACAACGCUAUCUCCAUGGCAAAGGAGUUGAAAAACACGACCAGAAAGCCAUGGAAUGGUUUAGAAAAGCGUCGGACCAGGGCCACCCUCACGCGUCAUACAACCUGGCCAUUGGUCAUCUUAAAGGCAUGAAAACAGAUCUAAAACACGGAGAAGCUCAUCAGUUGAUUCACCAUGCAGCUUCCAAAGGUGUGAAACAAGCACAUAAAGUCCUGGAGAACGUGUGUUCGCGUGGAGGAUGCAACUAAUGAAAAGGAAUAAUAAUCUUUGUCAUAUAUUUCAACGAAUAAUUAUGUUUGCAAUUACAGCAUUUUAUUAUUGUUCAAAUCUCUUUUUAAAGACAAAGUUAUGUAAUAUAUGGAAAUGAUGAGUUUAUCAUAUUACAGAUUUUACCAUUUUGUCCACUGCACAUGCUUCUGUUUAUUUCGCGGUGUAAAUUCAAAUGUUAUGAUGGAAAUAUUUACCAAAAAUAUGGUAAUAUUAUGAUAUUCCAAUUGAACAUUAUGAAAUAUUUAAGAAUGACUCUUUUUGAUGGCAGUUUCAGGAUAAAAAGAAUGGUCCAUACCAUAGACUAGCGAAAAAUGGAGAAAAAAAAAACACUGUAAAAAUGUUACUCAUCAGGAUGUUAAUAAGCAUAAAGAUACAUCAAUUCAUAUAGUUAAUGUUACGUUUUGUCAAAUGAAUAUUAGAAGUCACUAGAAGUCAUAACAUAUCAGUUCAUUGACAUAUUACUAACAGCAACAGUGAUAGACUGUACAUGUAUCAUUAUAUUUUAAUUUAUGGCUGCAUAAAACAUUACAUUAUUUGAUACAUGCACUUCCAAACAGAAAGGGAAUAUUCUCAGCUUUAAGAACCAGUUGUAGUGCUUUUUCCUUUAUUUUAAAAUUGCUGUCAUAUUGUUAAUUCUGUUGCAAGAUAGCCCGUUAUAGCAACUGUUAAUAAUUGUUUUGACAGACCUUAAAAUUUUUAUAUUUAGUUUUUUUUUAUUUAAUCACAAUACACGCAAACGGCCUAUGGAAUUUCUUUCGAUGAUCUCAUGAAAGCUAUAUUAUUACGAUAAUAAAACAAGUUUUUCUUAAAUUUUACCCGUUUUAGAGCAAUAUUUGAACAAUAUCUUAAAAAAACAAAGCAUACUCCUCUGGUCGGCGACUCUGAUGCUGAUCGGCGUUUUUCCGCCGACUUUGACUUGUAGUUCUGAAAAACUUACAUAGAAAGUAAAAAAUGGACUUCUCAGAUUUGAAUUUAUUACUCGGGAAAACUAGAAAUGACUUUUUGCAAGUGUUUUUUGACAUUAACAUAUUUUGAUUUGAAUAUUCCGUCCAAAUGUUAGUUUUUAUGCAAACACAAGCUGCUGAUUUCACAGAGAUACUUAUAUGCUAUCCCUCUUACGAUAUUUUUGUUUGUUAAGUGACUCUUUGUUAUUUUAUUUUCAUAAAUUAGUUUUCUUAAUAAAGAUUUUAAUUUCAUG